UUACAGUACUUUAUUAUCUCCACGUGCGGCGGUUUUUAUACUUUUACAACGUUUAUUCCCAAUUCCCAAUUUUAGUUAAUUAACACGAUUUAAAAUGCCGCCUGUAAAGAAACCCAAGGCGCAAAAGAUCGAGAAACAAGCUACGCCCAAGAAAACUAUAGAUAAAACCAAGGAUGUUAUAUCCGGACAGCUAAAGAAAAAGGUGGCCAAGGCCAGGCCCCAAAAGGAAAAGGGUCCUGAGCGCGGUGUGAUCAUUGUAAAGCACCUGCCCCAUGGAUUCUUCGAACAGCAACUACGCCAGUACUUCCGCCAGUUCGGCCGCGUUCUCCGUGUCCGUUUGGCCCGAUCCCUGCGUACCGGUAACAGCAAGGGCUACGCCUUCGUCGAGUUCGAGUAUCCGGAAGUGGCAAAGGUGGCUGCUGACACCAUGGACAAUUACCUCAUGUUCCAGAAGGUGGUCAAGGCGUCUUACAUUCCGCCGGAGAAGCAGACCUUUAACUACUUCAGAACCUCCGUAAAGAAAGUCACAAAUAAGGCCGGCAAGGAGAUCUACAUUUCCGAUUUGACCAAAGCCACCCAGCGCAGUGUGAAGAAGCAAAACAACUGGGAUGAGUCCGCAUGCCAGAAACGCACCGUGGCCAAUCUUAACAAGAUAAAGAAGUUACAGGAAAAGUACAAGGGCUUGGGCAUUGAUUUCUCUAACUUACUGGUUGAGCCAGUAAAGAAGUCAAAGAAAACCUCAGAGACAGCUGAGACUACUGAGGCAUCCACGAGCAAGCCAGCAGCCGGCAAGAAACAAAAGCAAACGCCAAAAAAAGACAUAUCUCUGGAAGAUUUAUUGGGCAAUACCAUUAACGAGGACUCCGACGAUGAGGACUACGUAGAUGCAUCCGAUGAUGAGUCUGAGUUAGAGGUUGAUGAGGAGGAGGAGGAGGAGGAGGACAGUGACCAGGCCAGCGAUGACAGCGAUGAAGAAGAGGAACUGCCGCCGCCACCUAAGAAAAAGAACAAGGCCAGCCCUACUGAUAAACUAAAACGCAAGCCCGGCACUGGCGGUAUACAGAAAAAGAAAUUAGCUCCCGCUGGCAAGAGCAUCAAGAAUGCCGCCACUCAGAAGCUGCAGCUGGCCGCAGCCAAGUCGCUGGCCAAACCCUUGCCCAAGGGAAAGGCAAAGAAGUCCAAGAAGUAGCUUAAAAUACAUUUACUAUAGUUGUUAAGUAAGCGAAAACAUUUUGUAAGAUGAAUUGUGUUAAAAUAUGUCCUUGUACAAACUAUAA